AAGACAGUCCACGCUUCCGACCCAAUAGCAGGGGCCAACACGUCUUCUACGUCUCAAAUUCCAAUUCCGACAUCCAAGUUUGGGUAAAAAAAUAAAAAUCAAUUUUGCAUCCCGCACGAUCGGACGGCGAUCUGCGAUAGAUUUAGAGUUUGGCCGUAGUCGGCUUGGAAGCUUGUUUGUUGAACAGUUAUUGGCCAUAACAGCCUGGCAUACUUGGUUCUUUUCCAAUGGAUAAAGGAGUGCCUCCUAGCCUCUUUGUUAAUGAUGGUUCAUUCAUGGAGAGGUUUAAACAGCUUCAACAAGAAAAGGAGAAUGAAAAGGAGAACAGUGACAAACUUAAGGUGCCUAAACCGAUCAAAAUUAAAUCAGGGCCAUUGACUGCAACCAUUAAUAAAACAAGUGUGGAUUUUAAGACUAAUGAUGCACGCAAGAACCCCCAAGCUGCUUCAGGUGGCAAACUUGCUUUUAGCUUGAAACAGAAGUCGAAGAUUGUGGCACCUCAUGUUAAGUUAGGCGCAGAUGAAGAUGAAGAUGAAAUUGAUGCCGGGAAAGUUUCAGAUGAUGCACCAAUGAAACGCCAGAAAUUAGGUCAAGAAGAUGCCUCUGAGAAUUCAUCAAGACAAGUGGAUGUUGCACCUCCUUCUCCAAGUGAUCUUACAGUGAAGAAAGUUGCUGACAAAUUAGCAAGUUUCGUGGCUAAAAAUGGAAGGCAACUAGAGCAUAUAACACGUCAAAAAAAUCCUGGAGAGACCCCUUUUAAGCGGUGCUAUAUAUUCUUUUGCAGGUUUCUGUUUGAUGUGAGUUGUGCAGAUUACAAAUACUAUGAAUAUCGGCUGGCUGAAGAGGAAAAGGCCCUUUCACAGACUCUGGAACCUCAAGCAUCUCAUAAUGGUGGUACAAGCACUUCAGCUUCUAGAUCCACCAGUGUUUCCCAAAGGUCUUUGCAGAGGCACUAUCAAACCCCUGCUUCUGCUUUAUAUGAUGCCACCGAGGAUCUGAGAGUUCAAACAUCAGCCGGAAGAUCAGCUGAAGUUAGUGCGCCAACAGGUGCAGAUCCUAUAGUGAUGAUGGAGUUUUACAUGAAGAAGGCUGCACAGGAAGAGAGAUUGAGACAACCUAAACAGUCAAAAGACGAAAUGCCUCCACCCGCUUCUCUUCAAGGAGGUCCUGCUAAGAAAGGGCAUCACAUGGGUGAUUACAUCCCACCAGAAGAGCUCGAGAAAUUCUUGGCUUCCUGUAAUGAUGCUGCUGCUCAGAAAUCUGCCAGAGAGGCUGCAGAAAAGGCUAAAAUUCAGGCUGAUAAUGUGGGGCAUAAGCUCUUGUCCAAAAUGGGUUGGAAAGAAGGUGAGGGUCUGGGGAGCUCCAAAAGUGGUAUUGCAGAUCCGAUUAUGGCAAGUAAUGUCAAGAUGAACAACUUGGGGGUUGGUGCUCACGAGCCUGGGGAGGUGACUGCUGAGGAUGAUAUAUAUGAGCAGUACAAGAAGCGGAUGAUGCUUGGUUAUCGUUACAGACCAAACCCCCUGAACAAUCCUCGGAAAGCAUACUAUUGAGAAACUGCGCUGUGGAAGCUUGCUUGUCAAGAUUGUCUUGAAGAAUAUUUGAAGCCUACUUGUCACUAUUGUCUUCAAGAAUAUUGUGAACUUAGAUGCUUACGUUGUAAAGGAAAAAUGGUUUGCUUUCAUUCUGGCAAAUCAAAAUAGUAUGCUUGUCCUCUUGCAAACUGUGAAUUCGAUUGAAAUACCGUAGAUGGUAUUCUUCACAAAAGAUUGUAGCAAUACCGUGUAAACUAUGUCAUGACAAACGCAGCAAAGGUGCAUCGGUUGCGCAACUUGUCUUCUCUA